AUGGGUUGGUUGCCUGUACGAGUGGAAGUGAAAAUGCUGGCGGAGGCUCCAAGUCUCGUUCUGCAGCCAGAUGUGUUUGACUUUCUUCACGUGCAGGAGAUACUGAACUUGCGCGUGGCCUCCAGAAGAGCAGUGGAUUCAGAGGCUCUGGCGAAACACGUGGAAGACAUGGCUGGCUUCGGGGUGCCUCACGCGGUCGCGUCUUGUUUCGACCUGCUCGAGAACAUGGCACUCUCCUCUGUCCGUGGCGAGUCCGAGCAGGACAUGAGAAAGCGUGUGAUGACCAGAGAUUUCGGCGACGAUAUCGUGAAGCAAAAACAGCAACUAUGUCGUUUGUGGCUGCUGGUGCAAGUAUGCGAGCAGCACUUCAAAACUUCCGAUGACAUGGUCCAAAGACUGGUGUCGGAUUGUAUGGCAUGUUGCACAGACAGGGACUUGACCAUACGCCGAGCCGGCCAUUCUUUCCUGAAGUUCUGCAGCGGCAAAACUGGACAUCAGCACGUCAGGCAGCGAAUUGACUCGUUCAUGUUUGAGCUGGCGAUCUCGUGCCUGCCAUCCCCUGAGGGAAACUGGCGGUUUGCAAAGCCUGCCAUGGCGUAUGCUUUCUUCAAGGCCCACUCACUGAGUCCGGCCGAAAGGCAACAAUGGUUUCUGCUGUUGGCACAAUUCCUUCCUCUGGUUUCAAAUCUCAAGUGCCAGACAUUUAUGCUCAACGUCCUCAAAGAGCUUCGGCGAGUUGAUGAUGCUCCUUGUGAGACUUAUGCCGAAGGCUUCGACAUCUUGCGACAUCUGGCAGAGUCAAGUCAGCAAUCGCUUGUCGAUGCGAUUCGCAGUGCUGGUUUUUCCCCACCAGUUGUCCCACCAAGUGUCCCGCCAAGCGAUCCACGGACGAGACACGAGAAGAUAUUCUGGAGUUCCUUGCUGUCCGUGUUCUGA